UUGCAGUGUGACCAUUGUCAAGAAUGGCAGCACAGGGUUUGCAACACUGAGUUUAAGGAUCACGGCCUAAACGACUCUCGACCUAAAGGGAUCACGGCCCAAAUGACUCUCGGCCUAAAGGGAUCACGGCCUAACCAACUUGAACUCGGACAGAGAAGAGUGCUUCACACACUUGUUAGAUUCAAACCAUCAUGAACUAUCGCACAGAGAAGAGUGCUUCACACAUUUGUGAUUCUUGGUUCACUCACACGAUGUCCAGGCCAGAUAUCACUUGUACACGGCAGAAGGCAGUCCGAUCAUGGACAAGUGUUUGGUGUGCAAAGACGUAGUGCGUCCUCGACAGGAGGCAUUGUUGUGUGAUGGAUGUAAAUCGUGGCAACACAGAACCUGUAAGACUGGGAUUUCAAGGGAGGACUAUAGAAGAGCUGUAAGGGAGGGUCUUGACGUGAAUUGGAGCUGCACAACUUGCUCUUCUGUACAAGACAUCGCUGUACAUGACUGCCCUGAGGAUCAUCUACCUACUCCGACCCAGGCGUUAGUGGAUGAUAUAAAUUCUGAAACUUGUCUAGACGAAGACACCUUGGACAACGACACUUUGGACUGCUCUGAGGCUCAUCCACCUAUUAUAACGUAUGAAAAAAUGUGUGCAUCUUCACAAAGGGGCAAGCAGAAACUUCUGGACAGUCUACGAUUUUCAUACACAAAAGAAAAACAAAUGUUGGUGUUCAUUGGCGCUGUGCAGUGCGUACGUAAUAAAAAGGUUACCUGUAACAUGAUGGUAAAGGAAGUGAACGGAGUGUUUAUCAGAGGAGCCAAUGAACAUUCACACCCACCGGAAGCAUGUCCUUUGACUACAAGCAUGGUGUCAAAGUUAAUUAAAGACAAAGCAAUGGAUGAUGUAUUUCGCCCAGCUUUAGAAAUCGUGGAGGAAGUGCUUCUUGAACACGUUGAUCCAACAAAGCCUACUGCCUCGCUACCUGCACCGGUGAAUCUAGCUCGCCAAGCAAACAGGAAGCGGCGAGCUAACAGACCUGCUGAGCCCAGUGACCUAACUUUUUGUAUUAGUGAGGAGCACAUUCCACCUAACUUUCUUAAAUCAGAUAUAAGUAUAGGGGACAGACGCCACCUAUUGUUUGCAACACAAGAACAGCUUCAGUUACUUGAUAAAGCAAGAAAUGUGCUCCACCUAAAUUUCUUAAAGCAGAUAUAAGUAUAGGGGACAGACGCCACCUAUUGUUUGCAACACAAGAACAGCUUCAGUUACUUGCUAAAGCAAGAAAUUGGUAUGUUGAUGGAACUUUUAAAGUAGUGAGGCGACCCUUUACCCAGCUUUUUAGUAUUCACGCAUUUAUGAAGUGCGAUGGUAACGUAAAACAAACGCCUCUGUUGUUUGUGUUAAUGUCGGGUAAGAGAUGUAAAGAUUAUAGGAUAAUUUUUAGUAAACUCAAAGAAAUUUUAGAUGGACAAUUAAAAGUAA